GCGACUUCUUUGGAGAGAGUGGAGUUUGGGAGUGAGACCCCAGAGACCAAAACCCACAGAGAAAAAUAAGAGUCUCAAUAACGAUCAGGACCAAGAGAAAGGAAUUGUGAAAAAUGGAAGACGAUAGCACAGACCCAGAAAAAGAAAAUGAAGAUGACAAGGAGGAAGCAGCAGAAACAGAAGAGGAGGAAUAUAAAAAGGACCAGAAGGAGCACCCUUCUGUCAUAAUGCCCACAAUUAAUAUUCGAGAGGAGCGGCUUGUCAAUUUAGCUGAAACACCAGCUUUCCGCUGUCUGAAUGAGUUGCAUUCUAUGGGAAAGCUUCCUGGAACCAGAAUGGCAGAGUUGAAAGCCAAGUACACCUUGCUGCACGACACGGUGGUGAGCACACAAGAGUCAGAGGUGCAGCUGCUGCAGAAUGCCAAGAACUUCACAGAGCAGAUCCAGCAGCAACUGGUCCGCCUGCAGCAAGCGGAUGACUUCCCCAACGUCUUCUCCACUGAGGUCUGCAAACUGAGGGAGCAACUGCUCAAGUACCAGAAUGAAUAUGCCGCAGUGCAAGAAAGGGAGUACCACAACCAGUACAGGCUGAACAGCUUAACGGAAGAAAAGAUUCUCAUACUAAAGGAAUUUGAAAAGAUACCUAAGCCAGGGGAAAUGGAGAAGAAGAUGAAAAUCCUGAGAGAAAGCACCGAAGAGCUGCGCAAGGAAGUGAUACAGAAGAGACUGGAAAUCAAAAUCCUGCGGGAAGACGUGAUAUCCAAGCAGAAGCAGCUUCUAAAGGAGCAGAAGGAGCUGGAUGAGCUGAACGAAUGCCAGGUUGGGCUGAAGGAUGACGUGGUCCACCAUCAAAGUAUUCCCGUACAAAUUACAAAGGAGAUAGAAAAAAUGACACGCAAAAAAAUAGAAAUGGAAAAGAAAAAUAUCAUCUUGGAACAAGAAGUCAAAGAGCUGAAUGAGUCUUUAAAGAAGCUUGAAAACAAAGUCAAUGCUCUCGUGGAAGAGAAGGAUGACGUCAUGAAGGAAGUAGAGGGCAAGCGAGCCUUACUGGAAGUCAAAGAACGAGAAUAUAACCAACUACUUAAGCUGCUGGAGCUAACCAAAGAGAACGAAGCUUCCUCACUAGCAGAAAGAGGGAUCUUGGAUCUCAACCUACGAAACUGCCUCAUUGACAAGCAGAACUACCAUGAUGAACUUUCUCGUAAGCAAAGGGAAAAAGAACGAGAUUUUCGGAACCUGAAGAAGACAGAGCUGCUCCUGAAGGUGUCCUUGGAUGCGCUCACUCAGACACAAGCCCUGAAUCAAAGACUUCUACUUGAGAUUGAAGCUAUCCCUAAAGAUGAUCUUCUGCUGCCUGAGAGAAGGAGAGACCUCCACAAGGAAGUGGAAUUAGCUAAGAGGAAUCUGAUUCAGCAGAAAACCCUAUCCGAAGCUGAGGCAAGGCUGGUGGAACAGCAGAUUGCAGAGGAGAACAAGCUCCUGAAGGAGCAAGAGAGUAUGCGAGACCUGGUAUUCAACCUGGGGCGCAUGACUCAGAUCAAGAUUGAUGAACGAGAACAAAAGUCUAAGGAUUUCCUGAAAGCCCAGCAAAAACAUUCCAAUGUCAUUAAGGAAAUCAAAGCAAAGGACCUUGAAAUCAGACUAUACAAGAAGAAAAAAUAUGAAAUUCAUCGGAGACUCAAAGAAUUUGCCAAGCUGUAUGACACAAUUAGAAAUGAAAGAAAUAAGUUUGUUAACCUCCUUCACAAAGCUCAUCAGAAAGUGAAUGAAAUAAAAGAAAGACACAAAAUGUCAUUAAAUGAACUGGAAAUUUUAAGGAACAGUGCUGUCUCUCUAGAAAGAAAGCUACAAAACGCCAUGCUGAAGCAUUCCAACAAUGUGACCAUCAGGGAGAGCAUGCAGAAUGACGUGUGCAAAAUCACCACUAAACUUCAGGAAAUGAAGGAGAAGAAGGAGGCCCAGCUGAACAGCAUGGACAGGCUGGCCAGCAUGAUCACCAUGAUUGAGGAGGAGAUGAUGCAGCUGCGUAAAAAGUAUGAGAAGGCCGUGCAGCGUCGGAACGAAAGUGGUGUUCAGCUGAUAGAGCGUGAGGAAGAAGUGUGCAUUUUUUAUGAAAAAAUAAAUAUCCAAGAGAAGAUGAAACUUCAUGGGGAUGUCGAAAUCCACAUCCUGGAUGAAAAAAUCCGAUUCCUGAGACUGAAGAUUGCCGAGAAGCAAAGGCAGAUUUGUGUGACACAGAAAUUACUGCCGACCAAGAGGGCCCUUGAUGCUGACCUGGCCGUGCUCCAGAUCCAGUUUUCACAGUGUGCAGAUAAAAUAAAAGACCUGGAGAAACGGUUUGUAAAUCCUGACAGUGAGGGCAGAAUCCGCUUCAUUCCGGGGAAAGACCCGACUGAAAAAGAAAUGAUCAAGAAAUUAGACAUGCUGGAACUUCAGCUGGCUAAGAAGGAGGAGAAGUUACUGGAGAAGGAUUUCAUCUAUGAGCAGGUGUCCCAGCUCACAAACAGACUCAGAGGCAAAACACAGUCUUGCAAGGAGGACACGCUGCUCUUAGCCAAGAAGAUGAAUGGCUACCAAAAAAGGAUCAAAGAUGCUACUGAGAAAAUGAUGGCUCUUGUUGCUGAGCUGUCCAUGACACAAGCCCUGACCAUUGAACUCCAAAAGGAGGUGAGAGAGAAAGAAGAAUUCAUCUUCUCCUGCAGUUCCAGGAUAGAAAAGGGCCUGCCACUCAACAGAGAGAUUGAGAAGGACUGGCUGAAGGUGCUUCGAGAUGAAGAAAUGUAUGCCUUUGCCACCGCCGAGAAAUCUCGGGAGUACAUGGAAACAGAUUACCGGCAGCUGCCCAAUGGGGUUUACACAACUGCAGAGCAGCGUCCCAAUGCCUACAUGCCUGAAGCAGAAACCACGCUUCCUCUGCCCAAACCGUACGGUGCGCUGGCUCCAUUUAAGCCCUCUGAAACUGGAGCCAACAGGAGGCACAUAAGGAAACCUGCUGUAAAGCCCAUUGAAAUCUAAACAUGUGAACCAAUCCAGGCUUCUCACGAGAAGACUUCAGCCAGGCUUCAUACCUCCAGUCGAGAAUGAGCAUCAUAGCACUAAUCCUGCUAUCAGUUAGGUACAGUCAGCAAUAGAGUGGGCCAUGAUUUCCGCUUACGUUCACCAACUACUUCCUGCUAUCUGACGUUAAAUGGCGCAGACUACAGUUAUAUCUAAGUGUAUUUUCAUUGCUCAUGUGUUCCUUUUUCACCGUUUAUAUUGACUAUGCUUCAGGAAUGUACAGUACACAAGAUGCUGUAAAAGUACAAAAUAAAUGGCUUCUCAGAGAAGUACAGAAAUUAGAGUGAAAACAGGUCCUCAUUUAUGUGUCCCUGAUGUGACUUCCGGAGAGGGGAACUAGCCCACGUGACACAUGGCACAGUCCUCUUUGCAGCAGCACUUGAAGUCCAUAUAAAGGGCAAUGGUGAAGCUUGCCACUCAAGGAACACUACUGCAAUUCAAUUUUGUAGGGGUUCUUUUGCUACAAAAAUAUUUAGGCCCUAAUUUAUUUCUUAAAAAUAUUUUUUUCAUGUUAUCUGCAAACAAAUUCAUGAUCAUUUUAAGUUCUGAUAUUUGAUUUUUCAAAAUCUCUGCCAAAAUUUUAUACUGACAGCUUCUAUAAGAAUAGUUCUACUUAUUUGCUCAAAUUUUCGUAUCACCCAUGUAGUUUUCUGAUUCCAGUAAUUUUAUUACACAUGAUGAUUCACUAGU